GAGGCUAUCUUCAAUGGGGCCAAUUGUGAAAAUUGUCCCAUUAAUCAUUAACUGAAGUGCUAUCAAUUGAUAUAAAUUUCUGGUUUGGAAGGAACUUUUUAUGCAACUAAUAUUUUGUUUGUGUGUUAUAUUGUGUUUGUGUAAAAAUCCUUUGGAUUGUUGCUCUGUGUUUGCUGACACUUCCGAGACUAGCUUAGAAGAGCAACCACCUGUGCGAGCAACUAGCCUAGGUGUGACAAACUGUAAACUGGCAAUUGCUCUUUGGAGGCCGGUCCCCGAACAUAGUGUUAAUAUUUUCUUUUUCGGAAUUUAAUAAUUAUGGAAGUUAAAAUUGAAGUUAAGGAAGAGUUUCAUGACUAUGAUCAAAGAUACGUCGCCAGUCAGCUAUCCACAGAAUUAGAUCUCACAGAGUUGAAGGAUGAAUCAGACAAAUAUUCACUUGAGACAGGAAAUAAAAUUAUGGAAGUAAACAGUGAAAUUAGAGAAAAAUUUGAGAAAAAUGAUCUUAUAUAUCAGGAGAAUCAGCUGUCGACCUCAAUUGAUCUUGAAGAGUUAAAAAUUGAAAUAGAACAAAAAGAUCACUCAGAUUAUUCAGAGGAGGAGCACAGAACCAAAAUUAUGGAAACACCGUCUCAAAAAGAAGAAUUGAUAAGCCGAUACUCAAUAACUGAAGAGAAAACAUUAAACAAAAUUAUGAAAAUUCAGAAUACACAAGGAUCUUACCAAUGUAAAUCGAGAGGUUUUAAAACACAUUUGAAAGUUCGCACCGGAGAAAGAUCUUAUAAAUGUGAAAUUUGUCUUAAGCAGUUUCUCUACAAAUCUGUUUUAAUUGAACAUAUGAAAGUUCAUACUGGCGAAAGACCUUAUAAAUGUGAAAUUUGUCUUAAACAGUUUACUAAAAAAAUAUAUUUAAAGAUACAUAUGAAAGUUCACACUGGAGAAAGACCUUAUAAGUGUGAAAUUUGUGGUAAGCGGUUUUCCUACAAAUCUGUUUUAAAGGAACAUAUGAAAAUUCAUACUGGAGACAGACCUUACAAAUGUGAUAUUUGUCUUAAGCAGUUUACUCAAAAAUAUAAUUUAAAUGAACAUAUAAAAGUUCACACUGAAGAAAGACCUUAUAAAUGUGAAAUUUGUCUUAAGCUGUUUUCCGAUAAAUCUGUUUUAAUUGAACAUACGAAAGUUCAUACUGGGGAAAGAAAUUAUAAAUGUGAAAUUUGUCUUAAGCAGUUUACUAAAAAAACAUAUUUACAUACACAUAUGAAAGUACACACUGGAGAAAGACCUUAUAAAUGUGAAAUUUGUCUUAAACAAUUUACUCAAAAAAGUAAUUUAAAUGACCAUACGAAGGUUCACACUGGAGAAAGACCUAAUAAAUGUGAAAUUUGUCUUAAGCAGUUUACUCAAAAAAGUCAAUUAAAUAGACAUAUGAAAAUACACUCUGGAGAAAAAAGACUUAUAAAUGUUCACUUUUAUAAAUGUGAAAUUUGUCUUAAGCAGUUUUCCCAAAAAUCUGUUUUAAAUGAUCAUAUGGAAGUUCAUACUGGAGAAAGACGUUAUCAAUGUGAUAUUUGUCUUAAGCAGUUUACUCAAAAAUUUAAAUUAAAUGAACAUAUAAAAGUUCACACUGUGGAAAGACCUUAUAAAUGUAAAAUUUGUCUUACGCAAUUUUCCGACAAAUCUGAUUUAAUUGAACAUAUAAAAGUUCAUGCUGGGGAAAAACCUUAUAAAUGUGAAAUUUGUCUUAAACAGUUUACUAAAAAAGCAUAUUUAAAUAUACAUAUGAAAGUUCACACUGGAGAAAGACCUUAUAAAUGUGAAAUUUGUUCUAAGCAAUUUAUUCAAAAAAGUAAAUUAAAUAGACAUAUGAAAGUACACACUGGAGAAAAAAGGCAACUUUAUAAAUGUGAUAUUUGCCAUAAAAACUUUUCCUACAAGUUUAAUUUAAAGCAACAUAUGAAAGUUCAUACUGCGGAAAGUUCUUAUGAAUGUGAAAUCUGUCUUAAGCACUUUGUCUCCAAAUCUAAUUUAAAGAAUCAUAUGAAAGUUCAUACUGGGGAAAGACCUUAUAAAUGUGAAAUUUGUCUUAAGCAGUUUACUCAAAAAUGUCAUUUAAAUGGACAUAUGAAUGUUCAUAGUGGAGAAAAACCUUAUAAAUGUGAAAUUUGUAUUAAGCAGUUUUCCUACAAAUCAUAUCAAGUACAUAUAAAAAGUCAUACUAGGGAAAGACCAUAUAAAUGUGAAAUUUGUCUUAAGCAGUUUUCCUACAAAUCUGUUUUAAAUGAUCAUAUGAAAGUUCAUACUGGGGAAAGACCUUAUAAAUGUGAAAUUUGUCUAAAGCAGUUUACUAAAAAAUAUAAUUUAAAUAAACAUAUAAAAGUUCACACUGGGGAAAGAUCUUAUAAAUUAAGCAGUUUUCUUACAGAUCAUAUAAAAGACAUAUAAAAGUUCAUACUGGGGAAAGUCUUCAUGAAUGUGAAAUUUGUCUUACGCAGUUUUCCUACGAAUCUGUUAUAAAAGAGCAUAUGAAAGUUCAUACUGGAGAAAGACCUUAUAAAUGUGAUAUUUGUCAUAAAAACUUUUCCUACAAGUUUAAUUUAAAGCAACAUAUGAAAGUUCAUACUGCGGAAAGUUCUUAUGAAUGUGAAAUCUGUCUUAAGCACUUUGUCUCCAAAUCUAAUUUAAAGAAUCAUAUGAAAGUUCAUACUGGGGAAAGACCUUAUAAAUGUGAAAUUUGUCUUAAGCAGUUUACUCAAAAAGUCAUUUAAAUGGACAUAUGAAUGUUCAUAGUGGAGAAAAACCUUAUAAAUGUGAAAUUUGUAUUAAGCAGUUUUCCUACAAAUCAUAUCAAGUACAUAUAAAAAGUCAUACUAGGGAAAGACCAUAUAAAUGUGAAAUUUGUCUUAAGCAGUUUUCCUAGAAAUCUGUUUUAAAUGAUCAUAUGAAAGUUCAUACUGGGGAAAGACCUUAUAAAUGUGAAAUUUGUCUAAAGCAGUUCACUAAAAAAUAUAAUUUAAAUAAACAUAAAAGUUCACACUGGGGAAAGGCCUUAUAAAUUAAGCAGUUUUCCUACAGAUCAUAUAAAAGACAUAUAAAAGUUCAUACUGGGGAAAGUCUUCAUGAAUGUGAAAUUUGUCUUACGCAGUUUUCCUACGAAUCUGUUUUAAAAGAGCAUAUGGAAGUUCAUACUGGAGAAAGACCUUAUAAAUGUGAUAUUUGUGCUAAGCAAUUUACUCAAAAAAGUCAAUUAAAUAGACAUAUGAAAGUUCACACUGGAGAAAAAGGACUUAGAUAGAUGUUGACAGUUCGUUGGAUAUUGUUAGUACUUAAGAUCCAAUGUAAUAAACUGUUUUAUAAUAUCCGUGAACAUAUCUUUUGGUUAGCAACAUUAGCUAAAUACUGUUCUAUCUAGAUGCGAUACAGAUCAAGCUAUUGAGGAAAUUUUUUAUGUAUUUUUUUUUGUGAAGUCCUCUUUUUUGAAAGGUCUUUUUUUAGAGAACUCUCCAAGUUUUUUUUUUAACUUUUAAAGAAGAACAUUUUGUAAUGUCACCAAUGCAAUCUCUCCUUAAUAGUGGUACUUUAUAAAUUUGACCAUAGCUCUGAGGACGGAUUUGUAAGCCUAAAGCACUCAGCUUGGAAUUAAAUAUUUUACACACUUUAAAAAUACUUUUCUUUUCCAUUCAUUCAUUUGUCAUAAGUGUAUACAAAAACAUAGCAGACUUUUUCAAUUAUUAUUAUUCUGUUUAAUUUAGGUCUUGAUUCAAGUACGUAUGUUUGUUAUGAUGCGCGUCCUUCUAAAAUUAAAUUACUUAUUAUAAAAUUAUACACCUAGUCAGUGAAUAAUAAUAAAAACUGUUAGUUUCUUCUCAUAAAUCUUCUUGCAUACUAUUUACAUUUUAUGAAUACAAUGGCAUUGCCAACAACUUGUUAAAAACCCAGAAUAUUCAAUCAUAAUUAAAGAUUUUUUUAGUAUAAAGUGAGAUUAUAAAAUUAUUUCAAAUUAUUGUUCAACGCGAAUACUUCUGAGAAUUCUGCUUUUCAAAAUUUCUUGGAGCACUUUCUUAAUUUCUGUAUUUAAUCACAGAAUGUAUUAUUUUUAUAGUUGUGAUUUUACGAAUUAUAUUAGUUAGACAAUUUGCAUAGGAGUAUACUAUGUACACUUCAUCUAAUUUACAUACCGAUGCACGUCAUCGGCGUCAUAGCCCGUGACGUCACAUCAUACCAACACGAAUAUUUUGGCGAUAGGUGUGUUCUUUUUUAGAAUCACUUUGCCGGGUACACUGGCAUUACAGCCACUAGACAUAUUUUAUUACAUACGCGUAGAAAUAAUGUUUAAAAAUUUCUAUUAAUGUUAACUUAAAGAAAUACACAAUAAUAUGUUUCAUUUAAUUUGUAUAAAUGCAUUAUAAAGCGUUUUUAUGAAGAACAUUUGUUCGGAACACACUGUAACUGUAAUCGAACGAAGAUGAAAUUUUGGCAUAAAUUAGUAACACUUAUUUGACAGUUGCGGUGUUUACACUUUUUGUACUUUAUUAUUUUUAAUUUUAAAGUGAAUACCUCUUGUUUUAUAUUUUUACCUAUUUAAUAAAAUCUGUUCUUUUUAGAACAAAAUUAGUGUGUUUUAUUUCAAAAAUGUCACGUAAGAUUUUAAAUAGUCGUUGUAAAGAGAUGGUAAUACUUUUGCAAUAAUUAUGUGAUCUAUUUGAUUUAAAAUGGAGUCAGGAUUUUUUUAUACUUUGGCAACUAUGUCAACUUCGAUCUCUGACGUAGAUAAUGACGUGCAUCGGUAUGUAAAUUAGAUGAAGUAUAUAUUGUUUUAUCUUUAUUGUGAUGUAUACCAAUGUACAUAUAAAAAUAAACUACUGUACAU